AUCCGCUUUCCCCAUGACCAUCGCAGAGCAAUGGCGACUAGCCGGGGAUGUACUUCGAGAUGGUUUUUCACCCGGGAGCAACUGGAAAAUACACCGUCUCGCCGAUAUGGAGUAGAGCCAGACCGGGAGCUUUCUUAUCGGCAACAAGCGGCAAAUCUGAUCCAAGACAUGGGUCAGAGGCUAAACGUCUCUCAAUUAACUAUAAACACAGCAAUUGUUUACAUGCAUAGAUUUUAUAUGCAUCACUCUUUCACCAAAUUCCACAGGAAUACAAUAUCUCCUACCACGCUGUUUUUGGCUGCCAAGGUGGAAGAGCAGCCACGAAAACUCGAAUAUGUGAUUAAAGUUGCACACGCCUGCCUCAACUCUCAAGAAUCUCCUCUUGACACUAAGAGUAAUGCAUACCUCCAGCAAGCUCAAGAGCUGGUGAUACUUGAAUCCAUAGUGCUGCAGACCCUUGGCUUUGAAAUUACUAUUGAUCACCCACACACUGAUGUGGUGAAAUGUUCCCAGCUAGUGCGAGCAAGCAAGGAUCUGGCACAGACAUCCUAUUUCAUGGCUACCAACAGUCUCCACCUCACAACAUUCUGCCUCCAGUACAAGCCCACAGUCAUAGCCUGUGUGUGUAUCCAUCUGGCGUGCAAGUGGUCCAACUGGGAGAUACCAGUGUCUACUGAUGGGAAACACUGGUGGGAGUACGUGGACAGCUCUGUUACUCAUGAGCUGCUUGAUGAGUUGACCCAUGACUUUCUGCAGAUUCUGGAAAAGACGCCCAGCCGGUUAAAGAGAAUUCGCAACUGGCGAGCAAUCCAAGCUGCUAAAAAGCCCAAAUCUGACAGCAUACAACUGACGGAUAGCUCCUUAGCUGGCCCUUCAAUGCUCCAGGACCAUUCCCUGCGUGACGGCUCACUUACUGGAAUACCCUCCUCAAGUUUUUCCAAAGCAGGUGCUACCUUCACGAUGUCUAUGUCUGCUCAGUCGGGGGGGGCACCAUUGUCACUGGACUCGCUGACUGGGUCUUUCAACCCACCGAGCCACAGCGAAUGGCCCCAGGGCAACCAGAGUUCAGCAGGUUGCGCAUCUGACUGUACAAACCAGGAACCCCUCAACAUCUCUCAAGAGCAUGGACUGUCCUCGCAGGCUUCUGUACAUCAUAAUUCCUCAACAUAUAAGAAUGAUAAAAGUGUAGAUCUUAACAUUGUCAAACAGGAACUAAAAGGAGGCACUGUGAGUGGACAUAGCAAGCAUCAGUCACCGACUUCAUCCUCUUAUCCUGCGUCAGCUCAACCUCCACCAUCGCAACUCUCUUUAACCCCCAAACUGUCGUUGGACAAAUACAGAGAAAAACAUACUGUGGAGGUUGCUGUUUCUGGGCAGAAAGUCAGACAAGAACAGCAUGCCGCACUCAUUGAGAACAACACAAGGGGGAAUAUACUAUUGUCGUCGUCUUCAAACUAUGCAUCGUCCUUGAGCCAUGUCCAUUACAAAAAUUCACACACAGAUCAGAUUUCCCAGAGUGCCCAGUGUUUAGGUAGCAGCAGCACUGCCUCACCAGUGAAGAAUAAAGUUCCUGUCACAAUGGACAGAUGUCAUCACAGUGACAAAUGGGAUAAAAGCUCGCUUAAUCUUCACCUGGCAAUUCCUGGCUCUGGAGGAGGCUCCAAGCUGGACAGAAACAAAGAGGAAUUUAAGAUGAAGAUUAAGGUUUCCUCAGAGCGUAACAGUUCAUCUGAUGAAGGAAAGGCUGCCAACAAGAGUAAACAUUCCAGCCCGCUGGUGAGCAAGGAGAAGCAGCAUAGAAGUGUUGAUCCCAACCUUCAUCGCCAUCACAAGUACAGUCACCCUAACCUGCACUCUCACAGUGGGAAUGGGCAAGGAGUCUCAGAGGGCCCCAAUAGUGGAGGAGGCCUACUCCGAAGUGCUCCAGGACUGAUUACAAUUGAAGGAAUAGCACUUCCUCAUAGUGGAUCCACAUCUUUGACUUCUUCCUCAUCAAGAAAGAGGGCAUACCUUGAAGCUAAUCACAAUCAACACCAUUCCUCCUGGCCCGCUUCUAACUCCAAACUGAACAAAAUCUCCAAGGGUGGCACUAGUGCAGCAGGUGGGCUGCGGACCUCGCAACAGUACCUUCCUCCUAAUGAAUCGCCCCAUGAAGUGGGAGACCAGAGACACUGAGUGGACCAUUCUACGGCAGUGGUCUUCAAAUGGAAAUGGCAGAAUAUUUCCCACAGUUGAAACUACUAUGCCCAGUUCAUUAAGUGCCCUAGGAGAAGUAGGCGGUGAGAAAUCCUAAACGUAGAUGUUACAUCUGCAAAAAAUUGAGUAUUGGGCCUUUGAUGAAAGAAUGCAGAACUUAAUGCUUCCAUACAGACCUCUGGGAUGUGUUCUCAGUCCCAUCUUUUUCUUGGUGUCCAAUUGCUUCUGAGCUCUCCUUCCUCAAACAGUUCAAAGAAGUCACAAAGUUUUAUGUAAAAGGAGUCGAAAAGUGUGUAUUUACAUGGAUUUGAAGUUUCUCCCUGAUUUCACAUCAUUUUGGAAAACCAAUACAGUAUAUCACAUUAUCUCUUCAGUAAUGCAAUAUGCGCUCUUCAUUUUGUGUUUUUUUUUUUUUUUUACACUUUGUAUGAAGUAUGGUAAUGACCGGCUAGAAAGGAUUUAAACUUGAGUUUGUUGGCAUUCCAUAAUGGUAAUUUUGAUGGAUGCCUUUUAAGUUUCAUCUCCUUGGUGGCUUUUCUUGGUUUAUUUUUACACUUCAGUACUGAGUUUGUAAGUCUUCAUCAAAGGGAUGAGAAGUUAGAACACACUAUUCACAGACAGUGGAGACAAAUGUACAUACGUUUUCGUAUGGUAAGCCAACGAUAUCAUAAAUACUCAGGUUUGGGUCUGCUUGGAAUUAUGACAAUAGUUGUAAAAUGUUUAAAAGGCUCUUUUUGUUAAACAGAAUGGGCGCUGUUGGUGGAAUGCAAUGUUCCAGAGGCAUGUACUGAAACAGCCCUCCUACAGAGGGUGCUGCUUGUCGUCCCAUUACCCACGUGGUUUGAGUUGCACCAAAAAUGCAUAUAGGUAUGGUUGAAAGUAAAUAACACAAAAUGACAAUUGUAGUGUGCCAUGUUAGUGUAAAAAUCCUUUGAAGUGUUUAUUAUUAAGGCACUCAAGCCUUUUACUUGUCAGCCUUGUUUACAUAAUCAAUAGUACUAAUCAGAAGAAAGUCAGUUAUGUAAAAUCCCCGGCUGUGUUUUUUUUUUUCCAUUUUGAGAUGUACACAUAUUUUGGACAGAAAUUGAAAGGUUGUCUUCCCCUUGAUUCAUUUACAACCAUUGUCUUCACAACAGCUCUAGAUUAAACUUUAAUCCUAAAUCUCUCCAUGGACAAGGCUACUCUUGCUGAUUAACAGGUUUUCUCAUUACUUUACUAAAUAUGAAGAAGGGGUUAAUGUGGUAGUUAAUUUUAGACUCCAGCAAUGGUGAGAAUGUUGAAAAUGUUGAGAGGAAAAGCUCUUAAAUUGGAAUUUAAUUUACCACCGAUACGAAGGUUGUGUAAUUAUUUUUUGUCACAUAACUGAAUAAUUGAUUUAUGUUAUUUAAUUUGGCUCAAACUGCAAUGUUAAACAUUUCUAUAUCUUUAUGUUUGCAUAUGAUACAAAGAAGGUAUGUGAAUGCAUUACUACAAAACAAAGAAUCAGAUAAAACCACAGGUACAUGGACGCUACAAUAAUGCAUUUCUCCAAAAACAGAAUCAGACAAAACCACAAAGUCCAUCUGGAUGAUCACAGAAGUUGUUUUUCUGUGUACUCCAAGAGGUAACACCAUUCCUGUGUCUUGGGAUAAAUGAAUGUUGCAGCAGUUGGUCCGCAGAGGGGCGUAAUCGCUGGUCACUUGAGAGGAAGUGAAAUUAUGUUAGGACAUUUAAAGAUGUGUAAUGAAAAGGAAUUUAAUUAAAAACUCCCAAGUAACUAUUGAGGUGGCACACAGUAAAAUAACCUUCACCUUGUCAAGCAGAUGUUCACAAAGUCUUUGGCGCUCUCCGAAAAUCCCUCAGGUAAAGAAGGCAUCAAUCCUUGUUUGGCCCCAAUGUAGAACAAGGCAGCAAUUUUGUCCAUGUGUGCAAGAGGGGGCUUUCCUGUGGCCAUCUCAAAGACGGUACAACCCACGCUCCAAACAUCUGACUUCCUGCCAUAUCCUGUCUCAGUGAUAACCUGUGGAGUGGAUUUGAGAUGAUUAUGUUGAUUAUGAUAAAUUGAUCUCAAUAUUGAACUGCAUUUUUCAAUUGAAAAAAUGUCCACCAUACCAACUUUAUGAAGCCCUUUUACAUUUGGGGUCAAGAAAUGUACACGUAAACCAAAAGGUGGCGCCAAAUAACAUAUAUAUAAUAUCCCAUCAAACCUACCUCUGGUGCCAUCCAGUAAGGUGUGCCAUGGACAGACUUGAGCAGGUCCCCACUGCUGUUAGUGGUGUGGGUUAUGAAGCUGAGGCGACGUGCACAGCCAAAAUCUAUGAGCUUGAUGACACCAGUGGGCAUCAGCAUGACAUUGUUUCCUUUCAAGUCACGGUGAAUGACCCUGUUAAAGUGAAGGUAUGCCACCCCUUCCAGGAUCUGAUGGGUGUAUAGCGCCAAAACACGCUCUGGCAGUGGACCAAAUCUGAGCACAUAAAAGACAUCAGAAAAAAACGUUUCUUUUGGAAAUCGUUAAGGGACAAUUCAUUUUAUUCUAACCUAUGAAGAAUGCUGGCGAUGGAUCCUCCUGGAAUGUACUCCAUGAAGAUGGAAACCAUGUGCUGAUGGAGGGAGGUCCCAAGGAAACCUACAAUAUUAGUGUGCCUAAGAGUUUUAAGAAGUUCCACUUCCCCCUGCAAACGACUAUACUCUCUCUCGGCAGCCUCUGGGUCACAGGUGUCCAAAGUCACCUGUUUCACCGCUAUCAACUGGCCCUGACUUGUCAGGCCGCAGUAUACCUGGUGGGAAAUGCAGUAUAAGCAAUAAGGAUGCAGAAUUAUGCUCAAUAAAUGGGCCUUCCUCCUCAAACUAGGAGCUAGGAACUACACUAGGAGCCAUGAUGUCCA